CUAAUUUAGGCAAAAAUGGAGAAAAAUCAUGAGUGGAGUAGAUUCACCUUAUUAUUACCUUUACUCCUUUUAGUAACUGCUCACGUGAGAAUCACGUGUAUGUCAUUCCAAGUCAGACAGAAGAAGAAUGUGAAAAGCAUUAUCAGUCGCCUACCAGUCAGUCUCUCACGGUUCAGCCUCCCACACCCACAACAGGCGGAGAGAUCCUGGAUUGGUCUCUGCUGUGCUGCCCCUAGAACAAAUUGUUUUACGGAGGCCUUACAACUGGAGUGGAUGGAACAGUAUGAGAAAGUGGAAAAGAUUGGUGAAGGAACUUAUGGUGUGGUCUACAAGGCCCGUGAUCGUGCGACAAAUGAGACUAUAGCCUUGAAAAAGAUCCGCCUCCAGCAGGAGGAUGAAGGUGUACCAAGCACUGCCAUAAGAGAAAUUUCCUUAUUGAAGGAAAUGCAGCACGGCAACAUUGUUAGAUUGCAGGAUGUAGUACACAGUGAGAAACGCCUUUACUUGGUUUUUGAGUAUCUGGAGUUGGAUUUGAAGAAGCACAUGGACUCAUGCCCAGAAUUUUCAAAGGACCCUCGACUGGUAAAAACGUUUCUAUAUCAAAUUCUCCGUGGCAUUGCUUAUUGUCAUUCUCAUCGAGUUCUCCAUCGGGAUCUGAAACCGCAGAAUUUGCUAAUAGAUCGUCGUACCAAUGCACUAAAGCUUGCAGAUUUUGGACUGGCUAGAGCCUUUGGUAUACCCGUUAGAACAUUUACUCAUGAGGUGGUGACCUUAUGGUACAGAGCACCAGAAAUACUGCUAGGGUCUCGUCAUUACUCAACCCCUGUAGACGUUUGGUCCGUGGGAUGUAUAUUUGCUGAGAUGGUGAACCAGCGGCCAUUGUUUCCUGGGGAUUCCGAGAUUGAUGAACUAUUCAAGAUUUUCAGCAUCUUGGGUACGCCAAAUGAGGAUACAUGGCCUGGAGUGACAUCUUUGCCUGAUUUUAAAACUGCUUUCCCAAAGUGGCUUCCAAAGGAUUUGGCAUCUGUUGUUCCAGAUCUUGAUUCGGCUGGAAUUGAUCUUCUUUGUAAAAUGCUCUGCUUGGAUCCUAGCAAAAGAAUAGCAGCCAGGGCUGCUCUGGAGCAUGAAUACUUCAAGGAUAUUGGUUUUGUACCUUAGUUCCCCUUUUCCCAUCUUCCUCCUUGGGAAAAUGUCAAUAUUUAAUGUGUAACAUCUCUGGGUUUUGGUUUGUUUUGAGAAAAUGCAAUUUUCAUUUCAUAGCUCGAUUUGUUUCAAAAAUAUUUGAAAUUCAAUCCUGGUUGGUUUGAUUGGUGUGAGAAAAUCCCUUGUCCUUUAUAGCUAGCUAUCUUGCUUUGGAAUGUUUGGAAUAUAAACCAAAAUCACAAUCAACUCGCUUUGUGUUGGUAAUGUUGAAGUUUUUGGAGUAUUGAUUAUGAUUUCAUUAUAA